UGGUCGCCUCGCCGAGAAGAGAGAACAAAAAAACGAGAGAAAAAACUCAUCUCUCUCUCUCGUGGGGUGGCGAGCCCGAGGAGCGGAGGCCACAAGUCUAAUCCGCCCGUAUCUAAUCCACUCCAGCACCGCGAGGAGGGGACGGCGCGGAGGAGGAGAGCGCCGGAGGGGCAGGGCUUGACUCGGGCUCGUUUCUUGGAGUGCACGGUUGGCGCUUAGAAUUUGUGAUCUCUGGUAACUUUGAAGCCUGAAGUACGGUUGAAUCAUGGCUGGUUCCCUUGCCGCCUCAGCGUUCUUCCCUGGCCCAGGGGCUUCCCCUGCCGCUUCGGCCAAAACUUCGAAGAACAUGACUGGUGAAUUACCAGAGAAUUUGAGUGUCCGUGGUAUUGUCGCAAAGCCUAACCCGCCUCCAGGGGCCAUGCAAGUGAAGGCCCAGGCACAAGCCCUUCCCAAGGUUAAUGGCACUAAGGUUAACCUCAAGAAUGCGAGUGCAGACAAGGAGGAGACAAUACCUUAUAGUUCUCCGAAGACAUUCUACAACCAACUGCCAGAUUGGAGCAUGCUUCUUGCGGCCGUCACUACCAUCUUCCUGGCAGCAGAGAAGCAGUGGACACUGCUUGACUGGAAGCCGAAAAAACCUGACAUGCUUAUUGAUACAUUUGGCUUUGGUAGGAUCAUCCAGGAUGGGCUGGUGUUUAGGCAGAACUUCCUGAUUCGGUCCUAUGAGAUUGGUGCCGAUCGUACAGCUUCUAUAGAGACAUUAAUGAAUCAUUUACAGGAAACGGCUCUUAACCAUGUGAAGACAGCUGGCCUUCUUGGAGAUGGUUUUGGCGCUACACCAGAGAUGAGCAAGCGAAACUUGAUCUGGGUUGUCAGCAAAAUUCAGCUCCUUGUUGAGCAGUACCCGUCAUGGGGAGAUAUGGUUCAGGUGGACACAUGGGUAGCUGCUGCUGGCAAAAAUGGCAUGCGUCGAGACUGGCAUGUUCGUGACUACAAUUCUGGCCGUACAAUCUUGAGAGCUACAAGUGUUUGGGUGAUGAUGAAUAAGCAAACUAGGAGACUUUCAAAAAUGCCUGAUGCAGUUAGAGCUGAGAUAGGCCCAUAUUUCAAUGAUCGCACAGCCGUAACAGAUGAACAAAGCGAGAAGCUGGCUAAGCCAGGGAACAACAUUGAUGGUGAUGCUAUGAAGCAGUUCAUAAGAAAGGGGCUCACUCCUAGGUGGGGAGACCUUGAUGUCAACCAGCAUGUGAACAACGUCAAGUAUAUUGGGUGGAUUCUUGAGAGUGCUCCGAUUUCAAUCCUGGAAAAGCAUGAGCUUGCAAGCAUGACACUGGAUUACAGGAAGGAGUGUGGGCGUGACAGUGUGCUGCAGUCACUUACCACCGUCUCAGGUGAAUGCGCAGAUGGUCACCCAGAAUCCACCAUCCAGUGUGACCACCUGCUUCAGCUGGAGUCAGGAGCUGAUAUUGUGAAGGCGCACACAGAAUGGCGGCCUAAGCCAGCACAUGGCGAGGGAAACAUGGGGUUUUUCCCAGCUGGGAGCGCAUGAAUGCUUCUGAAGUUCAACCGGCAAGAACAGGCUCCUAUGAAGUGCAAAGUUCUAAGUUUGGCUACUAACACGGAAAAAUGUUUGAUCAGUAGUUUGUCAUGUCGGGCAAAGCUACAUUACCCAACUUGGGACUUGUGCUACACACAUUUGGAGAACACAAAGAGGCUUGGAGGAAAAUGCUUAUGUGGGGAAACCCAGGAACACAGGGUGAGGAACUAGAAGAAAUUUGAAGCUUGGGUUAGGACAUCAAAAUGUGUGUAAUUCUUGUCAAGCGAUUGAAACGCACGCUAGGUGUCCCGGGACAAGGAUAACUUGUUCUGAUGCUGAUUACCGCCGGAGCAAAGAUUUACUGGUGUAGUAAUUUAGCCCGGGUUGGGUGUGUAGAGGCAUUCCCUUGUAACAGCCUAAUUUGUACAUUCUUAUUGUCUUAUUUAUUGAAUCGCA